UUGUAGUUAGAUUUGCCAACAGCAGCAAGUAGUAGUUGUGUGUAGAUAUGGAUGCAAGCACCAUUCUUGAAAAGUUUUUUGAGUCUCGUGCUGACGUUGAUGAGAUAAUUAACCCCAAUCAACUAAGAAAAUGGUUCCCUAAAUCAACUAGCUCUACAAGUUUACAAAUCUUAUAUGAAAUAUUGCAUGAGGAUAGGAAGAUAAUAUUACAAAGGGUAUCUGAAAAUAUUAAAAGCGAGUUCAAAAUACCGCUAAGUAUCGAUGGUACGAGUAUUAAUCCCAAUAAUAAUGAUGCUAGCACUGCUUUAACUGAAAAAUACAACAUGUCACUGUUUUUGGAGCAUUUGAAAGAUAUCGAGAGGGUCUCACUAACUCAACACAAGGUUCUUGACGAGAAAAUUGAUGCUUAUAGUAGAGAUAUCGAGAAAUUGUUAAGUUUAAUCAAUGACGUGGGUGACAAACUAGAUCGAGAUGACGGGUUGUCUGCAUCAUCGAGUUUAGGGGCCGUUAAUACACUCGAGGCCAUUAUUGAUGGCGGCAAAUAGAAGAAAGAAUAGACAAUUGACAUGUCUAUACAUCAUUUAUAAUGACUAAUGGUUUGAAAAGCGUGUUUUUAUGUAUUAUAAUGGUGACAUGUACUAAUAGCUGGAUGAUUAAGAACGAAUAAAUAAAUAAAUAAAUAAGUUAUACAUUGACCUCUUGGUCGAAUGUCUUGUACUUUCUUUCGAUUUCAUGCAACUUCUUCAAAUCUUCCUCUUCUAACCACCUCCAGGUUUCGAAAUUCCAAUUCAAGUCAUCUCUAUCACCUAAUUGGUAGUUAGUUUCAAGGCCCCCUGAUUUCAUUGGUUGCAAAUAUAUAACUCUUUUGAUUCGUGAAUGAACCAAG